CUAACCUGGGAGCCUCCCCAGAGAGAGAGAGAGAGAGAGAGAGAAGUGGGCAAAGGAAGACCCAGGUCACAGCAAACCCUGUCUGCUCCCCUCUUCCACAACUACCGUUGGAGGGCCCCGCAGAUCUCUCCCAGAGACUGUGGCUGUGCCCUGCCACGGGUCUCUGUUGAGCAAUCCGCCCACUGGCUGGCCUUGGCUUUGUCCAAAGUUUGCCCUGCUCACCAUUUCUGACUGGAUGUUGGGAGAGCGGAAGUUUGACUGCAUCCGACCGACCUACGACUGGGUGGAAUGGCCGCGUCUUUUGCUAACUUUAGUUCAUUGGAACCUGAACCCACAGUAGGCCAAGACUUCCGAGACUUCAAGUCCGUGGACACAGCAGAUGAAGGAGGAACACAGUUUGGGAAAGUGCCGCCUUUCCCCCGGUCGGCAUGGCAACGCAUCUGCCCCACCGGCCGCCUCCUCCUCGCUGUGACUGGCCUCUGCGCGGUGCUCAGCCUCUUGGUCAUCACACUGGGCAUCAAGGGGGCUCAGCUCAGCACAGACCAACAGGGGACGUGGGAGUCCCUCCAGAGCUUUAACAAGACCGUCUCCGUGGGCCUCGCCAGCCUCCAGCAGAAGAGGAACAGCACUGGGACGAGGCUGGCCACGCUGGAGCAAACCUUGACCCUUGAGAUCAACGAGACAGAGAAAGUCAAGAAGCGGCUGGAAAGCUUGCUGGAGACCUUGCAUCAGGACUCGAACUCGCUGCGUUGUCAGCUGGUGGAGCUAAAAAGCAAUGGCAGUAAGUCCGGCUGUUGUCCUAAGGGCUGGGCAGUGCACCAUGAGAGCUGCUAUUGGUUGUCCCGUUCACAGCGGUCAUGGACAGAGGCAAAACAGGACUGUGAACGCCGAGAUUCCCACCUGGUUGUCUUCAAUUCACCUGAAGAGAGAAAAUUUGUGGAUCAGCUCAGGCAGUCGUCUUUCAUGUGGAUUGGCCUGACAGAUUCCGGUGGCACCUGGAAAUGGGUGGAUGGAACAGGCUACACCGUACUCUCUGAGGACUGGGAUGAAGGACAGCCAGACCACUGGUACGGCCAUGGCCUUGGGGGAGGGGAGGACUGUGUCCAUGCUGUGGCGAGUGGUCUCUGGAACGACAACCACUGUUCCCGCCGGUUCGCCUGGAUGUGUGAGCAGGAGCUAAAGGUUUAGAGGAAAGGAGACCCUGAAUUCUGCAGCGAAUCCCACGCCACGAAGAGAGCAUCACAAUAAGCAAAUCUUCCUUCUGCAGCCUGAAAAAAGGGAACGGAAUGGGGGGAUCCUACAUACCUACUGCCCAACCGUGAUGCCUACAGAUUUUCUCUUGCACAUGCAAUUCAUGUUUCCCUGCAGAUGGUCUCUGAGUAGGGUCUCAUGUUUCUUAGAAUCUCCUGGUUAGAGAGGCUGGGGCUUCUGUUGUUUCCACAGCUGCUCUGGAAUUGCCAUAAUACAUCUUCAGUAUUCAAACAGUUCAGCUGGGGGGGGGGCGGGGGGGGGGGCGAAACUGGCCCUCACCUCAAUUGGGAUUUUUAAAACGUAAAAUCAACUUGUAGCAUGAGGCUUUUGCGCAGCUCCUGGCCUGUUAGAUGUUCUCCUUUUCCAGUUGCUUCUAGCUUAAUCUUGCAUAUUCUUUUGCUGCAGUUCUCCUUGUUAUUUAAUUGUUAUUGUUCACAGUUUUUAUAGCCCUAUUUUGAAAUUAUGCCAAUAAAGUCAAAUAAAACAA